AUGUUCCUUCGUGUAACACCUGCUACAGGAGUUGGUAGAGUUAUCAAGUCAAAGAAACUCACACCAAAGUUCAUUGGACCUUACCAAAUCCUCAAAAGAAUCGAUCUCGUAGCCUAUAAGGUUGCGUUACCACCUAUUCUUUCCCUCAUUCAUGAUGUGUUUCGUGUUUCUCAGCUACAAAAGUAUGUCCCUAAUCCAUCACAUGUCAUUGAGUCGGAUGAAGUGCAGUUGAAGGAGGAUUUAUCUUUUGAAGUGCUUGACAUUGACUGGAUUGAGCGUUGCAGGAAUGAUGCCUCCAAGACAAUCAACGUGAAAUACGAAGGGAGGAAAGAGAAGAAAGAAUCUAGAGGUUUAGCAGACUUCUGUAGGCAUUAUCCUUCCAAGUUUCAUGGAGAUGUGGAUCCUGAAAAGGCUGACAAGUGGUUGCAAGAAGUGGAAAAGAUCUUUGAAGUGAUUUGA